UUAUCAUUUUCUUCAUCAUGAUCUCCCUCAGGUCCGAUCCAGUGUCCGGCCUACCCCACAGAGCUGGUCUUCGCUUUAGACUUAACGCCUGGCUUUGAGUUUAACAGGCAAAGGGAGAUCAUGCUGUCCAUGUUGAGGAACAUCACCAUCGCUGAGAGCAACUGUCCAGUGGGCGCUCGUGUCUCUGUGGUGGGAUACAGCAGAUACACCAAGUACCUGAUCCGUUUCCAGAAGCACCGCAGCAAGAAAGCUCUUCUAAUGGACAUAGAGAAUCUCUCUGGAGAACGCAACGCAGAACAGCGGCACCUUGGAGCGGCCAUGCUGUUCGUGGGCCGAAAUGUCUUCAAGCGUGUCCGCUCUGGGCACAUGAUAAGGAAAGUGGCGGUGUUCUUCUCCGGCGGAGAGUCACAGGACCCUGAGGAUAUAGUUGCUGCGAUGAUGGAGUACCAGGCGCUGAACAUCAUCCCUGCCGUCAUCUCUCCAAGGAACAUCCAGCAGAUCAGUCAAGCAUUGGAGACUGAUGCGUCUGGUAGAUCCAUCUUCACUCUGACACGUCCGCAAGACCUGGAGCGGGUCAAGACCUGCACCAUCUGUUAUGAUCCUUGCAGACGCUCAGAGGAGUGCUCCUUCAUCCAGAUCCCGGUGCCGCCUCAGCAGGCCAAUAUUGACCUGGCUAUAGUUGUGGACAGUUCCAGGAACAUGCAGGCGGAUGAAUACGCUGGUGCCAAGCAGCUGCUGGGUUCUGUGGUGGAGCAGCUGGUGCUAAGUUCUCAGCCCCGCAGACCUGGAAACCAGGCUCGCAUUGCUGUGGUCCAGCAGAGCGGCACCAAGGAGGCCAGGGUGGAGUUCGACCUGCAGACCUACCAGGGUCAAGCUGUAAUGAAGCAACACCUGAUGGAGAAAAUGCAGCAGCAGAGCGGUGCCUCGAUUUUGGGACAAACGCUUGACUACACCAUAAAGGAGGUGCUGCAGAAGGGUGCCCUGCCACGUAGAAGAAGGGCUCUAAUGGCCGUCGUCGCCUCCCGAACAGAGAGCAGAGACCGAGACUGGCUGCGGUACAUCUCCGUGAAGUCCAAGUGUGAGGGCGUGGCCAUGUUUGUGGUGGCAGUCGGUGAUCGGUACAACCAGACCCAAGUGAGGGAGAUGGCUGGUCUACCUACCCGUCAGCACCUGGUCCGAAUCAGCCGGCUUGAGACCCAGGAGCAGGGCUACGUUCAGCGCUUCUUCAGAGUCUUCCUUUCUGUCCUCAGCAAGAACCUGAACACGUAUCCUCCUCCUUCAAUACAAACAGAGUGCAGACAGCUGAGAGAGCCUGAGGACUUUCUACCGACGGAGGGCUACUCUGGACAAGGGCUGCUUGCUGAUGAUGCUGAGGCAGGACCUCCUAUUCCAUACCAAGAUAUCUGUCUCCAGAACAAGAAAAGCGGCAGCUGCAAGACCUUCACCUUCAUGUGGUUCUAUGACAGCAAGAACGCUCGAUGCACCCGCUUCCUCUACAGCGGCUGUGGAGGCAACCAGAACCGCUUCAAGACCAGGGAGGAGUGUGAGGACACGUGUCUCAGGAAGACGUUAGCUGGAGACGUUUAAUGCUGUUUGAGAAGCCAAGUAUUAUCAUGAGUCCACGGAGCUGGACCACAACCACAGAAUCCCAGAUUUCAGCAGGACUUUCUCUACUUUUACUGCAGCUACAAAAAUGUCCUGUAUUUCCAAGGAAGUUGUUGAUUUUUCUUAUGCUAACUUCCCCAAUGUUUGAUCUCUCAUCAUCCAAACCAACAUUAGUUUCCAUAAAAUGAUUUCAGCUAAAGAUUUUCUUAUAUUGUUGAGACGGGAUGAACAAAGCCUUUGUGUCGAUGUGCAAGAUUCAGAUUAUGUUGAUCAGAAUUCAGUUUUAAAUGAUUUUUUCCAAAUGACUGCAUGAAUUUGUUUCUACUGUAUCUGGAGCAAAGAGCCGCCUAAAGCCGGACCUAAACUGGGGGAUUUUGUCAAUCAAUGCACGCAGCUACAGCUCACACUGUACGACGAAACUGCCGGGUUUAAAAGUUCACAGCUGAGGAUGUUUGUUCUCUGUGCGACCCGACGCUCUGAUGCGAUCUACCUGCUCACACAAAAACCAUACGCCUGACUAGGCGCUGAGAGAUGGCGCCGGUUGGACUGCUGCACAUGUACAGUGGCGAUAUUCUUGGAAAUCAGCUCGUAGCUCUGCUUCAACACCUGGAUUUGAUCACCAACAUCUCACGAGGACCCAAUGAAAUUCAAAC